AUGAGGCAGUCUCCCCUAGUGCUCCAGUCCUCUCACCUCCUUCACAGAACAUGCAGAGGGCGGGUGGCGUCUUGGCAGUCCGGGCUUGUGGCACAUCGCCCACUCCUGCCAACCCCCUCUUCCCAGUCUGUUGCAGUUGAGUGCAUAACAUGUGGGAAGACCUUCUACGGAUUCAACCGCAAGUUCCUGUUAAAGCGACACAUGAUCACUCACACUGGUGAAAAGCCUUUCCAGUGCCCACACUGUCCGCAUAGAGCUAACUUGAAACAGAAUUUGGAAGUCCACAUUAAACGGAAGCAUAGGGAGCAAAUGCCUGCUGAUUACGUGCCUUCAAGUGCAGCAGAAACUCCUUGAAUAAGGAGUCUUUCAUUGUAUUUUUUUCUUUUUAUUUUUUAUCUUUAAUGAUUGUGCAGCUUUUUUUUAUGUAAGAAGUGGUAAUGGAAAUGCGCCACUGGUGAAGCGGAAGGUUAAGUGUGCCCUGUA